AUGCGCUCCUUCAUCCUCCUACCUCUCGUCGUCUACCUAGUCAUCGGCACCGUCUUCCUCUCCUCGGGCUUCGUCAGCCUCUUCCGCAUCCGCACGGUCAUGAAGCACGACGGCACCAAAACCGACAAGCUGGAGAAGCUCAUGAUCCGAAUAGGCGUCUUCUCCGUCCUAUACACCCUGCCGGCGCUCAUCGUGAUCUCCUGUCUGGUCUACGAGCACGUCAACUUCGACGACUGGAUGCGCACCUGGAACCAGGACAUGUGCGAAAAGUCCAAGUACGCCAUCCCCUGCCCGAGGGACCUCAAGGCGAAGAGUCAUCCCAGGUUCGAGGUGUUCAUGAUCAAGUACCUGAUGACCAUGAUCGUGGGCAUCACUUCGAGCGUGUGGAUCUGGUCGGGGAAGACGGUGCACAGCUGGAAGGUGUUCUUCAACAGGUUGAAAGGCAGGCACGUGGAGGCGUACGUUUAG